GUUCACUGGUCAUGUCGGCAUCCCCGACGGUACCGCAGAUAUACCGCCGCGUGCUGCAGCUGGCAAAGAAAUUCCCGAGCAUCAAACGCGAUCAACUCGUCGAGGAUAUCAAGGCCGAGUUCCACGAUAACAAAGUGCUUACCGAUCCCGUGAAGAUCAAGGAGAAAGUAAACAUUGCGAUCAAGGGCAUUCAACAGCUCAACCAAUACGUUUCCCUCGACCCGAACGCGCAGCACUGGUCAGUCGACAUGGAGAAAGAUCCUUUCGGGCAGAAUCACCCCGACCGGCCGCAAUCCCUUAAACGCUAAGACGACAACGUGCUCAUCAAACGCACACUGGGUUGUUUGUUGUUCAAUUCAUUACAUCCACUUAGAAAAAGU